GGAGGGGAAUGUGAAAGAGAAAGUGAAGGAGGAGGUAGAGGAAGUAACGGAGGAGGAGGUAACGGAGGAGGAGGUGGAGGAGACCGAAGAGGAGGCGAUGAGCAUUGGGGACCGCGACUCUGACUGCCCGCCCAGCCCGCCUGGUGCAUUAGGAGACCCCUACGAUGGGACCACAGAGGAAGAGGAGGCAGUGGAGGAAACGCAGGUGGGGGGCAGGGCAGGAGGAGAGGGGGAGGAGGAGGAGGCAGCCCCUGGCCCCCCUGAGCUGCCCGAUCUGCUCUCAGGGAAGAGGAUUCUCCUGCACGCCUCGCUCUCCGCUCACGAGCGCCGCUCCCUGCAGCGACUCAUCGUGGCCUGGAACGGGAGCGUCGUUGCUGACGAUGCAAGUGAAGUCGACUUCGUCAUCGCCAAUCACGGCUGGGAUGAGAGCUUCGACGAGGUGCUGGUGGGGAGCCCCGCGGUGGUGUUUGUUCGCCCGCGGUGGCUGCUCGAGAGCCUCCGGCGGGGGGCCCUGGCCCCGCCGCAGCCGUUCGCCAUCGCGCCCUAGCGGGGUGGCGGGGGGGGGGGCUGGGGCCUGAACCCCAGACACAAAUAUGAACAGAGACGCAGACUUUAACAGUGACAGUGGCACCCACAUCCUCGUGAACCCUGAGUCACCCUGUGGACCUGGAGUCCCCUCCAUGGAGCCCGGGUGGACCACGAGUUCCCCCUUGGACCACGAGUUCCCCCUGGACCCCGAAUGGACUCCGAGUCCCCGCCCAUGGGCUACGCGGACCCUGAAUGGACCCCGUGGACCCCGAGUGGACCACAAGUUCCCCCUUGGACCACGAGUUCCCCCCGUGGACCCCGAGUGGACGACGUGUUCCCCGUGGCACCACGAGUCCCCUGUGGACCCUGAGUAGACCCCGUCUCUGGACGCACCUUCUAGGACCGUGCUCACCCCCUCGCCUUCCUCAAGCUCUCACCAAACCGGCAUUCGCCGCCUUCACCAAGCUAUGCCAACCGGCACGGUGAAGUAUGGUCAGAUAACCCCCCCCCCCCCCACCACAGUCCAAAUUGUGUUGUUGGGGUGGGUGGGGGGCCCUCAUCCAGCAGUGGAGUGACAUUGGGAGGGGAGGGGGGGUUUGUGUGCAUUGUUACAUUGGAGCCUCUUAGCACCCCCCAGGUAAUAGCAGCAGCCACCGCCACUGUAGGUACCCACAACCGAAAUUUUGUUUUGCUGGUUCAGUCGCAUAAAUAUAAAUGUCGUUAAACCCACCGCCGCCACCACCAUCCCGACACCACAGCCCCAUUAGUAAGGG